GACAAGGUGAGGAUUAUGCUCGGGUCAUGUAACAAGGUCGAGAGGAAACAGCCGUUCUGGGAGCUGAUCAUAGGGAGGAGGCCUGACGCAUGGGUAUGGAUGGGCGACAACGUCUAUGCAGACACGAAGAGGAGCUCUCCCAACCCAUCGGACCUGACCAGGUUGAGGAAGAUGUAUGAAGCACAGAAGGCACACCCGGGCUACAAGGAGCUCAGGGAGAAGAUCCCGAUCUAUGGCACUUGGGAUGAUCACGACUACGGCAUCAACGACGGCGACUACCGCUACACUCUCCGCGAAGAGAGCAAGCAAGCCUUCCUGGACUUUCUCGAUGUCUCCAAGUCCGAUGCUCGCAGGCAGCGCAACGGCGUCUAUGCUGCUCAUGAUGUUCGAGUGGGCGAUCGAGAGGUCAAGAUAGUCCUGCUAGACAACCGAUACAACAAGUCCCCCUACUGCUCUUGGCCCUUCCGCUCCCUCUGUCGAGGAGGCGAGGACUUCCUCGGGGAGGAGCAGUGGGAGUGGCUGGAGCAGACGCUGGCAGAGAGCAGGAGCGAUGCCAACAUCGUCGUCUCCGGCAUCCAAAUCCUCACAGAGCAUCGGUGGCACGGCGAGAACUGGGCGAGGUUCCCCAAAUCCCGGCAGAGACUACUGGACGUCCUGCUGUCCUCGGGAGCAAAGAACCUCAUCCUCUUCAGCGGGGACGUUCACUUCGCAGAAGUU